GGCCAGUGACGGGGCUAGUGCAAGGACGAGCAGAGUGAGCACUCAUCCAAUCGGCCGUGCAUUCCUCGACGAUGGCAGCAGCUAUGGCGUCUGCGAUCUCCUGCGCCGCGGCCACGCCCGCGGUCGCAGCCCAGCUGCAGGCCAAGGGCUGCGCUACGACGCCCGCGAGAGCCGUGUGCGUCCGUGUGUCGAAGGCUUUCAGCGGCCUGCAUUCCAUCGACCUUCCCACGGCCUCCGUCUCCGCCAGCAGCUCCAAUGCGCGCACCGACGGUGCUGUGAAGUCGUCCCGAGUGGAGAACCGGAGGAACCCGGCGCUCGACGUGGUGGCCUCGGCUGGCGAGAAGAAGAACAUUUUGAUGCUCGGAGGUACGCGCUUCAUCGGUCUCUUCCUCGCCAGGCUUCUCGUGAAAGAAGGCCACCAGGUCACUUUGUUUACCCGAGGCAAGGCCGCAGUCACCUCGCAGCUUCCAGGCGAGACCGACGAGGAGUACGCAGCUUACUCGUCCCAGGUGAAGCACAUCAAAGGAGAUCGUCAGGAUUUCGAAUCCUUGAAGGCAGCCUUUGGCGACAAGGGAUUCAACGUUGUCUACGACAUCAAUGGAAGGGAAGGCACAGAAGCCGAAGCUAUCUUGAACGCCAUACCUGCUCUCGACCAAUACAUUUUCUGCUCCUCCGCCGGUGUGUACUUGAAGUCGGACCUGCUCCCGCACCGAGAGAUUGAUGCAGGAGACCCCAAGAGCAGACACAAAGGAAAGUUGGACACAGAAGCUCUUCUGGAGAGCAAAGGUGUCAAGUGGACCUCUAUCAGACCAGUUUAUAUCUAUGGGCCUCUCAACUACAACCCAGUUGAGGAAUGGUUCUUCCACCGCCUGAAGGCAGGCAGACCAAUUCCUAUCCCCAGCUCUGGCCUUCAAAUUACUCAGCUGGGUCACGUCAAGGAUCUGGCCACUGCCUUCGUCGCGGUCCUUGGAAACGAGAAAGCCAUCGGCCAAGUUUACAACAUCAGUGGAUCAAGAUACGUCACCUUUGAUGGAAUUGCCAGGGCAUGUGCAAAGGCUGGAGGAUUUCCCGAGCCGGAACUCAUUCACUACAACCCGAAGGACUUUGACUUCGGCAAGAAGAAAGCUUUCCCCCUGCGGGACCAGCAUUUCUUCACUUCCAUAGAGAAGGCGCAAGUCGAGUUGGGAUGGACACCAGAGUUCGGCCUUGUUGAGGGUUUGACAGACUCUUACAACUUGGACUUCGGAAAGGGCACAUUCCGAAAAGCGGCCGACUUCUCCACCGAUGACAUGAUUUUGGAAAAGCUCGGAAAGAAGACUUUUGUCGCUGCCUGAAGCGUCGAAAGAUGUAAGCAUAGUUUACGGCACGUACAACCUGAUUGUAGAAUGCAAUUCAGCUGACGUUGAUUUGGGACCUGAACGGUUAAAGCUCGAGCCACUCCGACUACUCAAACUGCCGGAUACCCACAGCUUGGAUCCUGUGUAAUGUCGCAAUAGCCAGAACUGUACAAAAGCUUUAGUGUAGGAAAACUUUAUGCACGACAGCGAGAUUUUUGCUGAUUUCAGUUAAUGAAUCUUGAGUUGUAAGACAAGGGAUUUGCAAGCUUUCCCGUCAAGCCUUUGAAAAGGCUUAUAACUUCGCUUUGGUUGAGCUGUAUUUUCUCACUCAUGCUGAGCUUACUGCUCUGAUUAUUGUAUUCUCGGUACCCUGCAAAUUUUUCCGCAAUCAAUCAAAGCAUCACAACAUCCAGA